CACUGCAUAGACAACCAACUUUUACUAAUUUAACCCAACCUAACUUUUUUAAAAUUGACACCAAUAAACAAUAUAUAAUUUUUCUAAAUUGUUAAUAAAAUGUUAUCGGAAUCUGAUUUUAUGAAAAGACAGAAUGAAUUAGACCAAGAAAUUAACAAGUUAGAAGAACAGAAAUUGUAUAUAACAAAUAAACUUAAAUCAUUAAGACAAGAAAAAGAAGAACAGAGGCUUCAAUACUCUCUGAGUUGUCUAAAGAAAAAAACUGAUGUUUCUGAAUGGCUCCAAAAGGACUAUCCAUGGUCAGUAAAAGUGCAUGGCUUAUUGAAAGAGAUAUUUCAUUUUGAAACAUUCAGACCAAAUCAGCUAGGAGCCGUUAAUGCUACAUUAUCGAAAAAACAUGUGUUAUUGGUGAUGCCUACAGGUGGUGGGAAAAGUUUAAUAUAUCAGUUAGCUUCUUUAGUAACAGGAAAUCUCUCAGUUGUUAUAUCACCACUCAUAUCAUUGAUUGAAGAUCAGUUAAUGGCACUUAAAAAAUUUGGCAUAUCUGCAGGAACGGUAAAUUCUGCCACACCUAGAGAGAUUAAAAAAGAAGUGACAGAACGUAUGAGACAAAAUAAACUGAAUAUCAUAUUUGUUACUCCAGAAUGGAUUGCUAAAACUAUGAUGUUUAUGAAAGAUUUAACUAAGAUUUACAAACAAGGGCAUUUAGCUAGAUUCGUUAUAGAUGAAGUCCACUGUUGUUCAAAUUGGGGCCAUGAUUUUCGGCCAGAUUAUUUGUCAUUGUCAUUGCUGAAGAAUCAGUUUCCUGGAGUUCCAAUAUUGGGUUUAACUGCUACUGCGACAUCGCAUGUUCUUGUAGAUGUUCAAAAAAUUUUGGAGAUUCCAGAUUCUGUAGUAAUAACUGCUCCAUAUAAUAGACCUAAUUUAUAUUAUGAGGUAGUACCUAAGUCUGCUACCAAAUCUGAAUGUUUGGAGUAUAUAGCAAAUUUGCUCAGAACCAAGUACAAGAAUCAGUCAGGCAUAAUCUAUGCUGGUACACAAAAAGAGUGUGAAGAUAUAGCAACUGAUUUACGAAGUUAUGGAUUUCAUAUUGGUCCAUAUCACGCUAAUUUAGACAGCUCUGUCAAAAGUAAAAUUCACAGAAGAUGGACAGAAAAUAGUUAUCAAGCUGUUGUAGCAACAAUAGCUUUUGGAAUGGGGAUUGAUAAACCGGAUGUAAGAUUUGUUAUUCAUUAUACAGUACCAAAAACUUUAGAAGGUUUAUAUCAGGAGAGUGGAAGGGCAGGUCGCGAUGGCAAGAAGUCUGAUUGUAUUGUUAUGUUUAAUAUUGCUGAUUGGCUAAAAAUAUUUGCAAACACUCAAAACACUAGGGAAGAAAGAUCAGUGAAGGAUAUUUUAAAUUACUGUAUAGAUGUUUCAAGCUGCCGUCGGAAAUUGAUUUCAAAAUAUUUUGACGACGAUUGGAGAUCGAGUGAUUGUGACCACAUGUGUGAUCAUUGUAGAAAUAAGUCUGAAGACGUUCAGACUUACGAUAUUACUUCGUACGCUAAGGAUAUCUCUAAACUAAUGAAUAUUUCGUCUGAGAAGGAAGUAAAUUGGACGUUAAAAAAAUUGCUAGACUCUUGGUUUCAGUCCGCCCCAAAAAGUUUACAAGAUUCCUCCGUUUCAAAGCCACGAUUUUCUAGAGAAGAUGGACAGCACAUUAUUGGUUUUCUUUUGUGUCAAAAUAUUUUGAAAGUAAGAAGAGGAUAUUCCUUAGUAUCUGCACUUCCAUACAUAGAUAUAAACAGGAAAUUGCGCAGCGAUGAACAAGUUCUCAUGCCAUAUAGAGGCGUGCUUAAAGGGGUUACGGUUUGUGAGAAUACUCGAGCUGAAAAUGGUAUAGAAAGUAAGAAAAGAACUCUAACGGAUAAAGGAUCUCAUAUUAAAAUGAAGAAACUCAAAGAAAAUUGAGACUGUUUAAUGUUUUUAGAUUGUUAUGAUAAAUUAUUUUUUUAAUUAAUACUCAAUAAAGUAUUUGUUUUUCUAUAAA